GACUGGACGAUUUUGGGAAUCCAGGAGGCGGCGGCGGAAGAGAAGAGCAAGAAUGGAGUCGAGCAUCCUGGAGUCGAUGGGCGCUGAAAUCAUCGGCGUAAUGUCCCCAGUCUCAAUCUGCAUGUUCCUCGUUGUUCUCCUCGUCUACGCCCUCUCCCCCUCCGACCCUUCUUCUUCCUCCUCCUCAUCCAUCCGCACCGCCGCGAAUCUCGUCUACCUCGAGAGCCCCACCGACUCCACCUCCCAGAAGCUCGAAGGCGCUCUCCUCAACGCCCUCGUCUUCGUCGUCCUCAUCGCCGUCGUCACCUUCCUCCUCGUCCUCCUCUACUACUACAACUUCACCAACUUCCUCAAGAACUACAUGCGCUUCUCCGCCUUCUUCGUCCUCGCCACCAUGGGCGGCUCCAUCUUCCUCUCCCUCAUCCAGCACUUCUCCAUCCCCAUCGACUCCCUCACCUGCUUCCUCCUCCUCUUCAAUUUCACCCUCCUCGGCGUCUUGUCCAUGUUCGCCGCCGGCAUGCCCAUUCUCCUCCGCCAGGCUUAUAUGGUCUCCCUGGGCAUCAUCGUCGCCGCUUGGUUCACCAAGUUGCCCGAAUGGACCACCUGGGUUCUCCUCGUCGCGCUUGCCCUCUAUGAUCUGGUCGCUGUUCUCGCCCCCGGCGGCCCUCUUAAGCUCCUUGUCGAGCUCGCCUCUAGCCGCGACGAGGAGCUCCCCGCCUUGGUUUACGAGGCCCGCCCUACCGCGCCGCGAAACGGAUCCCCCCUGGCGUUUCUGGUCGCCGGCGUCUCCGAUUCUGGCUCCGUUGAGCUUCAGGCCGUCUCGAGGGACAAUGACACUGUGGUUGAUGUUGAUGGUGAGAGGCUGCUGUUGGUGGAUAGGCACUCUUCCAGCGGUGAUUCUUUGUCGGGGGAGUUAUUCUCUGUCAAUGCUGUGUCGGAUAGAGCGAGGCGGUUUGGGUCUGAAAUCGUGGGCGAUGAGGAGGAGAGGUCUCCUCUUGUUCAAAUGCCUGGCUCGGGGAAUGAGAGAGAGCAGUUGAGAAGGGAUGCUACUGAGAUGUUCAGUAGAGGUAUUAAACUCGGCCUUGGUGAUUUCAUUUUCUACAGUGUUCUUGUGGGCAGAGCUGCAAUGUUUGACCUUAUGACUGUUUAUGCCUGUUAUCUCGCCAUUAUUUCGGGACUUGGAUGCACACUUAUCUUGUUGUCAGUGUGCAAUCGUGCUUUGCCUGCACUGCCUAUAUCUAUUGCGUUGGGUGUUAUCUUUUACUUCUUGACUCGGCUGUUAUUGGAGCCCUUUGUUGUUGGGACAGCCACAAAUUUACUGAUGUUUUAACCAUCCAUUUCUUUUUGCUAAGGGGUACAUUAUGCAAUUUAUGCUAAGACAAAAGCUGGUGAUUUUGUAGGCAUGAGAUCUAUAUACAUAGUACAAUGUUUAUUCCUUGAACUCUUUCUGCUUAUGUAAUUGCAUGUGGUUUAACCUGUUUUGUGUAGUGGAUUCACUCUUAGCAAUGAAGUGAAAUGGAGUUCGACACUGACUGACCUUUCAUGACU